CUGGGAAAUUUACCCAUGUAAUGCCACACACACAUAAAAACACGCUCCGAGUCACAAGGAUCGCCAUUAAUCCUGCACAUGAAUGUCAAGAUGAGGUUUAUCAUUUUCAGCAUCGCCUGUACGUUUCUACAAGUCAGUCACCAAAGUCCUAUCAGCCACUGGAAUCUGCUGCCACACAUUGUAGUUGUGGACGUGGAUGGCACUUUGGGCCACCUACCUCUGAGAUGCCUGGAGUCGCCAGAGGAGUUUACGAGAGGAGACGAUGGGAUUGGGGACAUUGUAUGGAUGAAGAAUGGAGUGAAGGAUGCGCAGACAGGAAACUUGUAUCUGGUGCAGCUGGAGGAAAGCUUAGGUGGAGGCAACUACAGCUGUCACAGCAAGGACGGAUCACUCCUCAAUCACACUGUGGUCCUGAUCCAAGAGAUUGAAAGUCAGAAGAAGAUUCUUGUGAACUCUGACCAAGAUUAUUUGAGGUGCUCGGCUCAAAAUUUCAGCGGAGAGUUCGCCUGCUCCUGGACGUGGCACAGAAGUCGAGUUGGAAAUGUAGCGUUUAUCAAAGCUCUACGUGUUUCUAAUGACAGUGAGGCCCAGUGUUCUGUGGACGCCAGCGGUCAACAUUGGACAUGCUCUUCAGGACAGAGCAACAUCAGCUGUUCAGUUGACAGCAGCGGACACGGGAUCUUGUGUGCGGAUCAGCAGCACUGCCCCUAUGCUGAGGAGAGAGCCCGGAUCCACGUCACUGUCUACUUGAGGUCUAAACACUUCCUGGUGGAGAACUACUCCCAACACUUUUACCUGUCAGAGAUAGUGAAACCUGGCAAGGUGAGGAUCAGUAAAGUCAACACCACAAUGAUAAAGUGGAGUUACCCAAGCUCCUGGAGCAGUCCCUUCUCCUACUUCCCCCUCAGUUUUCAGAUUGCACAACUUAGAGGACGAUGCAAAAAGUGUAGUAACCCAUGCACUGACUCCAAGGCCACAAAGACUGUGAUGGUCAACUCUCCAGACGUUUGUCAGUUUGAAGUCAAGCACAAGACCAAAGCCGUCUGUAUCCGAGCUAAGGAUGCUUUCUGCAACUCACAAUGGAGCGAGUGGAGCCACUACAGCUUGAAGGAGGACGAGAAGAACGGACGUCAAAACAAAAAAUGAGCGUGACAGAAGAAAGCGAAUCACAAAACUGGACAUCUUAAAAAAAAAGAUGUUUAUUUAUGUGCUUUUAUAUAUUUUUCUAUUUAUCCAAUCCUAUUGUUUUAUUCUGAAUAAUAAAACAAAAUCUAAAG